AUGGAUUCGAUCAUAGCCGCAGAUGUCAAGCUAGAGGACUUGGAAGUAGCGUUGGCCAAGAACGAGAAUGAAACCAGAGACAACGUGUGUAAAGAAAUCAGCGAGGCACGCGACGAAAUUCUACCAUUGCGAUUGCAGUUCAAUGAAUUCAUACAGACGAUGGCAAGCAUAGAUAAGGACGGGCCCAAACAGGGGAGCCGGAUGGCCAGAUACCUACAGGUCAGAGACAAGAUCUUACAGCUGAAUGGUAGGUUCCAGUCUCUGUCUUCCCAUUUGGAGGCACUGCAACCGUUAUUCAGUACUGUUCCAGAAUACUUGAAAACCGCAGAUAACAAAGACAGAAGCUUCCAGCUCUUGGAACCGUUGAGUACCUACAACCAAAACGGCACGGUCGCUGGUCCGGCUGCGGCCGUCGUGAACACUAGUCACUCCACAGCAGCCUCGACCCCCACAACUACCACCCCUCAUGCAAAUCCGAUCGCACAUGCGCAUGCACAUUCACUUUCCCAGCCAAAUUCCAUGGCUACGAUGCAACAGCACUCCCUGGCGGGCAAGAGAGGCCAUAAGGGCAGUAGUAGUAUCGGAACUCCCAAUGCACCUAAUAGCACCGUAGCAGCAGCAACUGCAGCUACCAAGAAACCAAGAAAACCAAGACAAACCAAGAAGGCAAAGGCUCAGGCCCAGGCACAAGCUCAAGCCCAGGCUCAAGCCCAGGCCCAAGCACAGGUGUACUCACAGCAAUCGGCCGUUCAGACACCAAUAACGGCAUCGAUGGCGGCUGCGCUUCCCAACCCAACCCCCAACAUGAUCAACAGCGUCUCGCCUACGAAUGUCAUGGGCACGCCGUUGACCAACAUGAUGUCGCCUAUGGCCAACGGAUACUCAUUGGGGGGCCAGACUCAAGGGGGAGGACAACCCGCUAUGCCACAGUUCAAUAAUAAUGGCAACGGAACCAAUCCAAACCCAAGUACAAACUCCAACAACACUCCGCUACAGUCGCAGUUGAACCUAAACAACCUAACCCCAGCAAAUAUCCUAAACAUGAGCAUGAAUACUGAUUUCCAACAACAGCAACAACCACAACAACCGCAACAACCGCAACAACAACUGCCCCAGCAGCCCCAGCAGCAGUACAAUAUGAAUAUGGGCAUGAACACCAUGAACAACAACGGCAAAGAACUCGAUUCUCUGGACCUGAACAAUCUGGAACUAGGUGGCCUAAACAUGGACUUCUUGUGA